UAAGAGUCGACUCUCCGCUGUAAAAGAGUCGGUUCGAUGAAUCGAUUCGUUCGUGAACACGACACAAACACACCGCGCUGCGGAAGUGAAAGUUUCUUUUCAUCUGAAGAACUCGACGUUCAAAAAAGAACACUUUCUCUGAAGAUAUUUGCUUAGAAGUAAACAGCUUAUCUUGACACUGAUGAAGAUGGUCACGUAUGAGAAAUCUGCACCACAGUUUAAUUUUGUCUUGUUAGGAAAAUCAGGUUCAGGAAAAAGUGCAUCAGGAAACACCAUAUUAGGACGAAGAGCUUUCCUCUCAAAGAGAAGUCCCACCUCUGUCACUAAACAUGUUCAGAUUGAACACAGCUCAGUGUCUGGUCUCCCAGUUACUGUUUACGACACUCCAGGGUUCUGUAACACAGAGAUGAGGGAUGAUCAGGUCAGACAGGAAUGUCAGAAGGUCUUCAGCUCCUGUGAGUCAGAAUCAGACUUCUGUAUGUAUCUACUGGUCAUCAGGAGAGAGAGGUUCACUCAGGAGGAGCAGAAAGCUGUGCAGGAAACUGAGCUUCUGUUAGGGAAAGAUCGUCUGGAAAAGACCUGGAUCCUCUUCACUGGAGGAGAUGAACUAGAGGAAGAGGAUCAGACAGUAGAAGAGUUCAUCAGUGAUACAGAAUCUCUGAAGGAGCUGGUGAAGAGAUACAGCUACAGAUGCCACGUCUUCAACAACAAGAUAAAAAGUGACCAAGUUCAACAUCUUCUGGGCAUAGUUACCAAGAAAUUAUUAAAAUCUGCACCACAUCUUCAAGGAACAAAGACACAAAGAACAAGAAAAACAACACCACCAGCCAGCAUCAGCAAUUCUGACAGGAGGAUUGUGCUGUUGGGGAAAACUGGAUGUGGGAAGAGCGCUACAGGAAACAGCAUCCUGGGAGAGGAGAGAUUCAGAUCUAAGCUCAGUCUGAAUUCUGUAACCAGUAGGACUGAAGCUCAUCAGGGUCGUGUUGAGGACAGGAACGUGUGUGUGAUCGAUACUCCAGGUCUCUUUGACACGUCUGCUGAUCCUGUAGAAACAGCUGAAGAGAUAGGGAGGAGUAUCUGUUUGUCCAGUCCAGGACCUCACGCUUUCCUCAUUGUUCUUCCAGUAAAUAUCAGGUUCACAGAUCAGGAAAAGCAAAUUAUUGAGAUGAUUGAAAUGCUGUUUGGAGAUGAAGUGAGGAAAUAUGUGAUGGUUCUCUUCACACAUGGAGACCUAUUAAAGGGAGUAACUGUAGAGGAACUCAUUAAAAAGAACAAGGCUUUAAGUGACCUUGUCCAGCAGUGUGGAGGUGGACAUCAUGUCUUUAAUAAUGAAGACCAGAGAAACAGAGAGCAGGUCAGAGAGCUACUGCAGAAGAUAGACAGAAUGGUGGAGAAGAACGGAGGAACCUGUUACUCCAAUGAGAUGUUUGAGGAAGCAGCCAGACUUAGACAGGGGGAGGAGGAGAGGGUGAGGAGAGAGGAAGAGGAAAGAAAACAGAGAGAGGAAGCAGAAAGACAGAAAGAAAUAGAAAAGGUAACGAGAGAGACAGAGGAAAGAAUCAGACAGAUGGAGAGGGUGAGGAGAGAGGAAGAGGAAAGACAGAAAGAAAGGAGAGAGCGAAAAGAUCAGUCAGACUCCUGUCUAAUUAUGUGACAGUAGAAAUGUCUGAGAUUCCAGUGGAUGAAGGUUUCUGUGUUUAAGUGUAAACACAGGAAGGAGUGUAUCAUCACAGGAGAGUCUCUGCUGCAGUGCUGGAGGUGGAAACACCAUACUGCUCUGAUACUAAUGAAGAUGGACUAACGAUAAUGAUGAGGCUGUUGGACCUGAGUGAAGCAGACUGGAAACCUGAGCAGCUCUCACACACACACACACACACACACACACACACACACACGGAGAACAGGGUGAGAAUGAGCUUCUGAUCUCUCCUGCUGGUCCAUCACUGAUGGAGGGGUUGUGUGGUGUUUCUGUACUUUUUCUAAUAGAGGGUCAUGUUUACGUACAGCAGCCUUAAUUUAAAAAUUAUUUCUUGUAAGAGGUCUUCAACGUGUGUGUGUGUGUGUGUGUGUGUGUGUGUGUGUUUCCAGGUAAAUAAGGAGCUGUAUCAGAGGUAUGAGAUGUAUAAUCACACACUGAGUCGAUGAUGGUGUAAAAUUCUGAGAGACUGAAAUGGAUCUGUCGAUUAUGGCGAUGCUCCACAGGAGAGUGUGUGUCACUGGAAGAGUCUCAAAUGCAGCUCAUCUGUCAUCAUAAUGCAGGAUGAUCUUCAUCACACAUCAUCAUCAACAGCAGCAUCAAACUAUCAAGCAGUUACAGUUACAGUGUUCAUCAACUGUGCUCCAAAAUGAUCACCUUUCUUAAAAAUGAGUAAAAAUGACUGACAUACAUAGUGAUGUAUUUUAUUUUACAGUGAUGGUGUCUAUAUUUCACUAAACAGAUGUGUGUAAUAAUUCUAUAAUAUUCUGUUAGAGUAACAGCUGGAUUUUUGAGGACACUAGAUAACAUUCCCACCUGUAGCUCAGUAACUCCGCCCCUUUCAGUAGGGAUCAGAGCUGACACAAUAAACACUGACUGUAUCACUGUGUUAUUAUGUGCACUACCCUAAUCUACUAUAUCUACAGUCUAUCUUAAUACCAUGUGCAAUAUCAUCUUAAUUCCCAAGCACCUUUUUGUAUAUAUAGAAUAUUUUAUUUAUAUUUAUUUCUCUUGUUAUCUGAAGCAGUCUCUGGAAAAAGAAUUUCCUUGGGGAUUAAUAAAGUUCUGUCUUAUAAUCUUAUUAAUAUCUUCAUCCCACUGAUUAUAUAAUGUCCGUGUGCUCUGUGGAGAACAUCAGCAGAUAUUUAUAGUGAAGUCACUCUGAUAAACAACACACUGAUUCAUUUCCUUCAUUUAAACCUGUUCAUGGUUUGUGAAUGAAGACGUUCACAGCUUUUAUCUGUUCAGCAGAAAGCUGUUGUGUUGCUCUGAUCUGAAACCUGACUUCAGGUUCUUAAGGUGAAAAGAAACACAAUAAAAACACAACACUACAUUUUUGAACAGACAUUAAACUUGUCUUUGAUAGCCAUCA